AUGGUCAGGCCCCCAGUGCUGGGCUGGAGUCAUCUGAAGUCCUCAAGCUUGUCUCUCCUGGCCAAGCAGAUAUGGGGCACCCUCCGUAGCCACUUGCUAAGGCCAGCGCGAUGUUGCUCACAGGUUCCCUGUGCACAGAGAAGGAGAAAUGACGCUUUGCACCCCGUCUGGAAGGGUCCAGCCUCCGUGCCAGGGGGCACCCGGCAGUCCCCCAUCAACAUCCGCUGGAGGGACAGUGUCUACGAUCCCCAACUGACGCCCCUGGGGGUCUUCUACAAGGCGGAGGCCUGCCUGUAUGUCUGGAACACCGGCUACCUCUUCCAGGUGGAAUUCGACGACUCCACCGAGGGGUCAGGAAUCAGCGGUGGCCCCUUGGAAAACCACUACAGACUAAAGCAGUUCCACUUCCACUGGGGAGCAGUGAACGAGUGGGGCUCAGAGCACACGGUGGACGAUCACGUGUACCCCGCAGAGCUGCACUUGGUUCACUGGAACGCUGUGAAAUACCAGAACUACACAGAUGCCGUGAUUGGAGCUGACGGCUUGGCCGUGGUAGGCGUAUUUUUAAAGCUGGGGGCCCGCCACAAGGAGCUGCAGGAGCUGGUGACAGUCUUGCCAGACAUAAAGCACAAGGACGCGCGAGCAGCCCUGGGCCCCUUCCAGCCCUCCUGCCUGCUGCCUGCCUGCCGGGACUACUGGACAUACCCGGGCUCCCUGACCACGCCGCCACUGUCCGAGUCGGUCACCUGGAUCAUCCACAAGAAGCCCAUUGAGGUGGCUCAGGACCAGCUGGCCGCGUUUCGCUCACUUCUGUUUUCUGCGCCUGGUGAAGAAGAGAAGGGGAUGGUAAACAACUACCGCCCACUCCAACCCCUGAUGAACCGGAAGGUCCGCUCCUCCUUCCAGGCCACUCACGAGGGAGCAAGACUCUAA